GCCGAUCAGCGCCAGUUAGGAGGAGGAGGAGGAGGAGGAGGAGGGAGGUGGUAUCUCGUUCCCCCUCCAACAUCUCCUCCACUUUGCAUCUGUCCCUCGCAGUUUGAACAGCGUGUUUUUUUUUUUGCCUGGCUCCCUCUUCUUCUUCUUCUUCUCCUUCUUCUUCCUCCUCCUCUUCUUCUUCUUCUCUCGUCUUCUACCCACUCAUUGAUUCAGAGAGAGCAAGCAACGAAGAGAAAGACCGCGAUACACAGCCAUUCCCAGCCAGAGAGCCCAGCUAUUCUGCUACAGUGGAGUUAAUCAAGUUGAUGCAUACUGCUGCAGGUUAUGAGGACGGCAAGAUGGAGUUCCCAGACCACAGCAGACAUUUACUCCAGUGUCUGAGCGAGCAGCGGCACCAGGGCUUCCUGUGUGACUCCACGGUGCUGGUGGGCGAUGCCCAGUUUCGGGCCCACCGCGCUGUGCUGGCCUCCUGCAGCAUGUACUUUCACCUCUUCUACAAGGACCAGCUGGACAAGAGAGACGUGGUGCACCUCAACAACGACAUUGUCACGGCCCCGGCCUUUAACCUGCUCCUGGAGUUCAUGUACGAGGGCAAGCUGCAGUUCCAGGACCUUCCCGUGGAGGACGUGCUGGCGGCGGCCAGCUACUUGCACAUGUAUGACAUUGUCAAGGUGUGCAAGAAACGCUUGAAGCGGAAGGCCACGACGGAGGCCGACAGCACGCGCAGAGAAGAGGACGGCGGGUCCAGCUGCUCCGAUAAGGCCGACAGUCUGUCGGACGGUUCCACGGGCCGCCCCGCCACCGCGGACCUGCUGCACAGCGACGAAGAGGAGGAGGUGAAGGCCGAGGGAGGCCCGCUGUGGCUGAGGCUGCCGUCUGCGGACAGACCGGCGACACCCGCCGUGGCGAGAACCAGCCCGGCUCACGGCGAGGCCGAGAUGCAGGGCGGCGAAGGUCCGGGGGAGGGAGGAAAGCUGCUCUCCCCGGCCGGCAGCCCCACCAGCUCCGCCGGGUCCCUCUCGCAGAGGUCCCAUCGCUCGGUGAGCUCUCGCGGAGCGCACAGGGGCAGGAGGGUGUCGAACGACGCGUCCGACUGCGUCCUGGACCUGUCUGUGAAGCCCAUCGCCGGUAGCAACCACAGCAACCACCACCAGUCCUACUUCAGCGGGGCCGCCACGCCGGACCGCCUCCAGAGCCCGCUGGCGGUGAGGGUGAAAGUGGAGAGGGGCUCGGCUUCGGACGAGGACGAGGAACUGGGCGGCGGGGACUACGACAUGGAGCACAGCGGCAUCACCAAGGCGACGGCCCCCAGCGUCAACGGGGGCCUGACCCGCCACGGGGUCGGAGGGCCUCUGUCGGCCCAGCGGCGGCUCGGCCUGGAGGCGCACCUGUCCGCCCUGCGAGAGGCCUCCCUGGCCUCGGAGCUGGAGCGCGAGGACAAGCCCUCGGCCACAGCGGACGACGAGGACAUACUGGGGGGCGAAAACGAGCGCGCCCAGGCCGAGGUGACCGGCAUGGAUAGCUCCCUGCUGCCCUACGUCUCCAACAUGCUGUCGGCGCAACACACCCAGAUCUUCAUGUGCCCGCUGUGCAACAAGGUGUUCCCCUCCCCGCACAUCCUCCAGCUCCACCUCAGCUCCCACUUCAGGGAGCAGGAGGGCAUCCGCUCCAAGCCCGCCGGAGACGUCAACGUGCCCACCUGCACCAUCUGCAGCAAGACCUUCUCCUGCAUGUACACGCUGAAGCGCCACGAGCGGACACACUCCGGCGAGAAGCCCUACACCUGCACCACCUGCGGCAAGAGCUUCCAGUACUCGCACAACCUCAGCCGGCACGCGGUGGUGCACACGCGCGAGAAGCCGCACGCCUGCAAGUGGUGCGAGCGGCGCUUCACGCAGUCGGGGGACCUCUACCGGCACAUCCGCAAGUUCCACUGCGAACUGGUCAACUCGCUGUCGGUGAAGAGCGAGCCGCUGGCUCUGCCCAAUGUCAGGGAUUGGGCGAUCGAGGACAGCUCCCAGGAACUGUGGAAGUAGAAACGGACCGCUGGGUUUUGACGGAGGGAGAGAUGGCGGGGAGUGAAAGACGGGCAAUGGGGCAUGGAGAGGGAGGCGGGGGGGGGGUUUCAAGUGAGUCAUGUUCUUGUGUGUCGCAAAAUCUCAUUCAAUUGCACUUUAAUAGCACAUGAAAAUGUUACUACUGACUUUUUGUUUUCGUUGUCGUUGCUGUUCGGGGUAGUUUUGCCGUAUUCUAUUUUAUUCUGUAAAUCCAUGGCAUAGGUUUCUGUUUGGUGUUUAUUAUUUUUAUCGCGUCCUGAGGACACGCGGGACGCAGCGAGAGCGCCUCGCCUUCUCCAAGAGUUUUUUUUUUUUUUUUUUUCGCUCUCGUUUGUGUCUCACCUCAGACGCGUCACUCCCGGCGCUGCCCGGCGUCUCGGCCCCAGUCCCACCGGCGGCAAACGCCGGGCGCAUCAGAUCAGGUCGAACACACUGAAGUGAAAAAAAAAAGCAUAACAAUACACUAAACGGGUACUGUGAUCGCCUCGCACACACAGUUUGAAGAAGUGUAUGCGUGUGUGUGCGUGGUUGUGUCUUGAUACUGCACUACUCUGGCAAAACCUUCACCUGGCGUGCGUGAGUGUGUACGAGCGUGUGUGUGUGUGUGUGUGUGUGUUGAUUUCAUUUUUCUACUGGCAUAGAGUUGUCGUUGGUGAAGCGCUCCCCGCUUGGCCCGUUAAGCGCUUUGGUGUUGUGCGUUCAGGGUGAAGCUGACUGACUGACAGACGAACCGAUGGCACUCAUGCAAUGCACAGCUUCCUUUUUUUUCACUUCCAAUCAAUUUGAAGUAUUUUCUAAAAAUGUAAAGACCUUUACAAAAUUAUUAUAUUAAUUAUUAUUGUUAUUAAUAGAUUUCUUUUCUUAAAUCUAGCUGGCAGUCUUUAAAGCAUCUCUCGUUGAAAAGGUAUUUAAUUUAAGGUUGUUGUAUAUUGUUCUACUAUAGUUUUAGAAUUUAAAUCAGUUUAAAUUCUUUUCCUUUUUAAAUUAAUGAUUUUUUUUUUUUUGUAUUACUUUUUUUUUGUAAUGGGACCUGCUGUUGUUGCAUGACGUCCAAACCUGUAUAUUUUAAAAUAAAAAUGUGAAUUUGCUGUAUUACUGUACACAUUGUAAUUGAUCAAAUAUUUGACAACAGGCUUUCCUUUUCUUUUAAUUUCUUUGUGAAUACUACUCCAGGGUGCGGCCUGUUAAAAAACUGAAUAUUGUUCUGACAAAUAUGGGGAAAAAAAAUGCAUGAACAUUUGAUUUUGUCUUAAACCUUAAGUUGUGUUUUAUUUUGUUUGUUUUUUUGCAUCGGGAGGGAGAAGUUUGAACAUUACACUUUUGACAGUGACUUGGCGUUGCGGGUCGCUGGGCUCCUAGAAGAAUGUUACCGAAUGUGUUUCCGUCGGAUGCUGAAGCGACGUGAUGAAGCGUUUUAAGCCUGUGUGUACAUGCACUGAUCUCUGCGCGCCUGUGGCUCGGUUGUUACCAGUCAUAUUCAACCUACUGAAGAUCUACGUCCACCCAGCACUUCCUCCUCCUCCUGCUCCUCCUCAGGCGUUCGCUGUGUGUUUCUUUCCCACCUCUCACGUCUCCGCCUCUAGAAGGUGGUGAAGCCGUUUCUUAAUUACUUCUGCGUAUCGGGCACUUACUUCAGGUCUGUUGGCGGCAGUUAUGUGGCUCUGACCUUUGUGAAUGAGGGCGACGGAAAGAGAAGCAUCUGUCCCGCUGGAAGAUAAAGGGUCAGAUAUGUUUGUGCCGCGCUGAUUCCGUACAAACGCACGGCGUGAAUGUGACACGACGUCUGUACGUCUGCUUUCCUCUUAAAGCGCAAUCCUUACUUUGAGACCGACGACACAGAUUUGGCCUGAAAGCACCUAUUUAAGCUAAAAGACAUGAAAUUGACUUGACUUUUUUUUGCUGAAAAGUUGCCUUUGUUAAAAAAAAAAAAAAAAAAAACAUUUCUGACGCUAUGAAAGUAUCUGAUACUUUAGCGCUUUGGGGCAUAUUUGUGUAACCUGUGCAUAAAUUCAUGGAAUCUAUUGAAUUUAUCAGAAAAUAAUCUUAUUUUUUUGAACAUGUGAUUGGAAAACUCAUUUUCGUAUGCGAUCGUUGUGUUUUGGGUUUUCGGGCAACAUGAGUUUAAUAUUUUUUUUUUUUUUUUUGGAAACCUGAAAUUAGAAUUCAAAGUAACGGUCAAGCGUUUAUACAAUCCAAAAACAUUUGACACUGAAAGGUUGAACGCCCCCCUCCCCUCCCCCUCCCUGCCCCUCACUCGGCGUGUUUAUAUGUGCGAGUGCGCGCACACGCCCCCGUUGAUGUGCAUGUGGUGGGUGGGGUGGUUGUAUGUGUUGCCCUGUCAUCUGGUGGCACCUACAGGCUUUGCCAAGGCAACCGCGUGGGCGCCGCUGGGCCGGUUUGCAGCGCGCCGGCUCGUUUCUUCUCCUCCUUCUCCUCCUCCUCCUCCUCCUCGAGACGCUGUUUCUUCACUGGCAGCGUCUCUGCAUAUGUGCUCGCUCCAUCCUGCUGUUGUUUUCAUCAUUACUGCUGUUUCUUUUUUUUUUUUUGUUUUCCGUUGCUCUGGUUGUACUUGACCGCCUUAAACUGCUGUAGUCCGGGCUGUUAUAUUUGAUUUGAUUUUCAAAGUGUGAGCGCGCGGUGGAGUCGUGGGAGCGACGUCGACCGCUUCGAGCCGCUGUGAAGGAACCACCCCGACGAAACAUCUCCAUCUUUUGCUGUGCUUACUUGAAAACAAAGGGGAGGCGGGAGGGGAAGGGAGGGGGGGAUUUUUGUUGCAAGGUAUAAAAAUAAAAUUAGACAGACAUAGACAGUUUAUGGAAGGACAGAUGGGGCAGACUGAGUCUGUUUUGAAAAAGGACAAUCACUGUCUGGGAAAAACGAGCGGAUUUGGAUUCAGAUGUAUUUGCUCCCUCUUGAGAUUACAUUUUUUAUUUGCUUUUAUUUUUAUGUUCCUUUUUUCAGAUGUAGUCAUUUUUAGCUUUGACAAUCAUAGUUGGGUUGAUUUAUUUUUUUCUAAAGGGGAGUAAAUUCUAAUUGUGUUUUAGUUUUGUAAUUUUUUGGUGUGCUGUUGUUGACAUUUUUAAAUUGUGUGCAAACUGCAAUAAAUUAUAAGAAUCUUGAAAUUCAA